AAACUAUUCUUUCGGCCAUUUCGAAUCAGCCGGCAUUCCACGCUAGUCCUGCGCCUGAGCGGGAUUGACCUCUUGAAGCUACACCUCUCUAAGACCAUCCGACAAUGAGUGAGACCGCCAUCUCUUUCGCCAAGGACUUUUUGGCCGGUGGGAUAGCCGCUGCCAUCUCAAAAACUGCCGUGGCCCCCAUUGAAAGAGUCAAGCUGCUGCUUCAGGUGCAACAUGCUAGCAAACAGAUUACAGUGGAUAAGCAGUACAAGGGCAUUAUAGACUGCGUGGUUCGUAUUCCCAAGGAGCAGGGUUUCCUGUCGUUCUGGAGAGGGAACUUGGCGAACGUCAUCAGAUACUUCCCCACCCAGGCCCUCAACUUUGCUUUCAAGGACAAGUACAAGAAGGUCUUCCUUGAUGGUGUGGACAAGCGCACCCAGUUCUGGAGGUACUUCGCUGGUAACCUGGCCUCCGGUGGUGCAGCCGGUGCCACAUCCCUCUGCUUUGUCUACCCUCUCGACUUCGCAAGAACCCGGCUGGCCGCUGAUGUCGGCAAAGCUGGAGAAGGGAGAGAGUUCACUGGUCUGGGUAACUGCUUAGUAAAGGUCUUCAAGUCUGACGGCCUCAAAGGUCUGUACCAGGGCUUCAACGUGUCUGUGCAGGGUAUCAUCAUUUACAGAGCUGCCUACUUUGGAAUCUAUGACACAGCCAAGGGUAUGCUGCCAGAUCCCAAGAACACCCACAUUGUUGUCAGCUGGAUGAUUGCUCAGACUGUGACUGCUGUUGCUGGUAUUGCAUCUUACCCCUUCGACACAGUCCGUCGUCGUAUGAUGAUGCAGUCUGGACGCAAAGGAGCUGACAUCAUGUACACUGGCACAAUUGACUGCUGGAAGAAGAUUGCACGUGAUGAGGGUGGCAGGGCUUUCUUCAAAGGAGCCUGGUCUAAUGUUCUCCGAGGCAUGGGUGGUGCCUUUGUGCUCGUCUUGUAUGAUGAGUUGAAGAAGGUCAUUUAAACCUUUCUUGUCCACCAUUCGAUGUGAGAUGUUUUACUGUAACAUAUCUUGUACAUUUGGAAGGACUCUCAAAUUCCGCCUUAUUUAUAGGGACCAACUAGUAUGUCAGUGCUAGUUGUACUGGGGGAAAAUCUUUUUUUUUUUCUUUUUCCUUUUUUUUUUUUUUUUUUCUUUUUUCCUUGUUUGUCUUUUUUCCCCUCACCAUACUGUCAUUCCCAGAGUGAAAGAAUGCCAGGUACUAAAAUCUACCUGUUUUCCAGCCGGUCUGUUUUUAGUCAUUACACCAAUAAAGACCCUCUGAAUGAACCUACACCAUAAUUUCUUGUCAUAGUUUUUUUUUCCAGAUUCACACCACCUUUAUUAAACUGCAAUAAAGAGCCAUCUCUUGAAAGUAUUUUAAUGUUUAGUGAAAGGCUAUACCUCACACAUUACUUUAGACUUGCUCCUGGCAGUGUUUUAUUUCCAGAGAUGCAACCUCGUACUCUGUUGGCUCUCCAGAGUUGUGCUUGGGACUGAGCCAAGAACAGCUGUUGGGACACUUAUGUCCUCAAGUGUAAUUCAGCCCUGCAAGACAGGUGAUCAGCUUUGGAGGCAUUACCUGCAUUUUGCUGUAUAAUAAAAUUUCACACUUGAACUUUA